AACCCUGAAGUUUGGGGAUUGUGUGACGGAAUGCGACUCCGCAAAUCCUUUGUUGUGGUCUAGCUCCGCGCCUUUUUCCUUGGUUUGUCAAUUGAAACCUUCGUGCAACACUGAGUUCUAUUCUGAAAGCGAAGGAGAGUGAGAACGAGAAUAAUUGAAAAGAAGAGAACCACCAAACAGUGAAGAAAAAGAACGACAGCUCGAUGGUGGGUGUACGGAACACUAGCUCGAUGGUGUGUAGCCUGAUCUAUUCACCGAUAUCUCCAUAAAACGUGCACAACUAAAUAUGACGAAGAAUAUCAUUCUCUUGGUAUAUUUGCGGUCUCUGGUGUCAUUGCUGACUAUAUUUGAGUAAUAUAUACAUGCCGUCUAAACUCAAAUACUACAAGCAGUUUGGGUCUACGUAGUACAUAUAUUUCUGACGAUGUGGAUAUACCGGAGUUUAUGAAGUUCCAUGGCGCUACGCCCAUCACAUAGUGCUUCCGGAUGGCGAGACAACCCAAUCUUAGACCAGAAUUCUGCAGAUCGUAAAGGAUAAUUACCAUCAUGGCUGAUAACGUAAAAACGGAUCAAUGGCGGUGGAAGAAUAGCAGUGAACAUGAUCACUCUCGGCGUGACGAAAUUCGUCAUCAUGGCGAAAACCAAGACAACUCCGUCGUUCUUCGCAAGAAGAAUCGUGAUCAACGACGUCGACAAGAGAAGAUGAAGAAAAGAUGGAGCGUUCGACCGGAUGUCAACCUCACAUUGGUCCCUCAAGGAAUGCAAUGUAAGAUCAUCACCGCUGUCGUCUUCAUAUUCUUUGGUUUAUUCUUGACAGCAGCAGGGGUCGUGAUCGUGAUCAUCUUGAAGAAUAUAUCCCAUGUUGUCUGGAGUUUAGGCAUUGGAAUGCUUGUCUUAGGGGUAGUAAUACUUGUGGUUGGACUGUUUUAUAUGUUGUUCAAGUGUUGCUUUAGGACUUCAACCAGGUACAAGCAAUACAAGGCGCAGUUCAAAUCCGAUGGAAAGUACCAGAUGAGCGACGUGUCCGAACAAUCACCUGAGAUUAAAAGAUCUCCUGUUAAGUCUAGUAUGCAAUAUACGCAUCAAGGAACUUCUUCCAACCAUCAAAGUCAUAUGGGUGAUCAACCAUCGGAUGCAACAACCAGGACUUAUGUAACUGCUACUGAAAACACUCCUUCUUCCAUGCCGAAUUCAUCGACACGACCUCUGUCAACACCACAAUGGAUUACACCAGGGGGUUAUCGUCCGAUGAUGGUCAACGAUCUCUCUGAAUUCACAAUGGAUAUGCAGACGGCAGACGAAGACCACUUCGGUGAUAACGGUCAUGGCCAGGGCAUACCACCCCAAGAGUCCCGUCGGGAGGAUACCCUCAGCGGGGACUUUGCCAAACUAGAAGAUGCUUUGCGUGAACUGAUUAUUAAAAAAUCAAGGGGUGGCGAGACGGAGCAUCUAAUGAGAGGACCCAUAGAUACGUCGACACCUGUUAACCCAAAGGCACAGACACACCACAGAGUCCAUAGAGUACCAAUCAACCUAGAAGGAGACCCUACAGGACACAUGCCCCUAGAGGUGGGGGACCAGGGGGUACAUAGCGUACCCAUUAUGAUUGAAGGUGAUCCUGGCGUACACGGUUUACCCAUGGAGGAAGGAGACCAGGGGGUACAUCGGGUACCUAUCAACGUUCAAGGAGACUAUGGAGCAAAUAGGUCACAUGCAGGGAUAGGGGACCAUGGAGUACACACUGUACCCAUCAUGGUUGAAGGGGACCACGGGGUGCACAGAUUAGAGGUAGACGGAUCUGGCCAGGGGGUACAUAGGGUGCCUAUUAUCGUUGAAGGGGAACCUCGUGCUACCACGCCCACCCCUAUCCCACCUUCUUACGAUCAGGUUUUAAGAAACUACCGUACCUACUCUCGCUCUGCAUCGCCAACUAGGAUAAUGGAAUCGGAUGUUUGAAUGGUUACUCAUACAGAUAGACAAGAACAUGAGAAAAUUGUUUCCGAAAACACCUCUGAAACCGGAUGGCAGGGAAAGAGGAUGGAAGAUUCAGACGAGAAUCAAUCUAAGCGUGCUCAGUCUUAAGGAAGUGUACUGAGCAUGAAUUUUUACCAGAUAAAACGUCCUCUCUGUUCCUUAUUUUCACGACGUAAGCAUUAUCUGCUAUCUUAAACAAUUCAGGAGCAUAACAACUAUUUCAGAAUAUAUUUUAUAAGCGUUUGAAGUUCUAAUUUGAAAAGGGUACCAUUGAUUUACAUGUAAUGUGGCUAGUGUUUUGAUAUAAGAAGAUUACCACUUAAAAAUGCUCUUUGCAUUUGGCUUGCUUUGUUUGUUUCAAAUUUGAAUGAUAACCAUUAAUAUGGUCAGAGCAGAAAUCCAGGUAAAUCGACUAUGCAAUAGAUCUAACUAUGACUCAAUGGGCUAAAAUGUUUUCCCCAUUUUCCUUUUUGCAUAUACGGCAAAUGAACCUGAAUAGAGAAGUCGACUGAUGUAUAAUGAUUUUUUAAAUUCAAAAUGCUUGAUUUCUAUUCAACGACAAAAUAAGAAAAAGGCAAUGUUUUUUUUUACUAAGCAACAAUAUACUGCCGAAUAAAUGUUAUUGUUUUCAUUAUUACUAUCAUUAUUAUUAUUACUCUUAUUAAUAUUAUGAUUAUUAUUACUGUUAUUAUUAUUAUCAUCAUUAUUAUUAUUUAACUCGGAAGAAUAGUGAAAACCAUAAUCAAUAAUAUUGUUAGGUUGGCUUGAUAUUUGAUAUUGUAUUCUGUAUAACGUUUCUACUGGAAAUUAGGAAGACUGUUCGCACUAGUUAAUGUCCAAAGAAAAAAAAUUGUAUCCUUACUCUCUUGAUGUUGAUCAAGAGGCAUUUGAAUCGUUUUUAUCUUUGUUUUUUUGCUGUUUUUAUCAAACUGAUUUGGUGUUCUUUAAGUUAUUUAAUAUCCAAAGUUGACUUGCCACUUUUUUAAAUAUUUUAAAACAACUUUUAUUUCGUGCUAUGUUCAUGUUUGGUGUUUUAUAUUGGUUAUGUUGGUUGGUUCUACACUGGUCUGCGAAAGAACUGUAUCAUAGUAAUUUCUUAUUAUAUUCAUUACUUGAAAUGUGUUAAUUGCCAGAUAUUUUUUAAUAUAACAAAGAAAUAAUGGACCAAUAUUACGUUCUUUGGGAAGAUCACAUCUAGUUCCACGUGGACAUUAAAUUGGUACCAAAUAGGAAAUGGUAUAUACUGUACAAUCCUUAUGUGCGCUUUAUGCAAUAUAAGUGUAAUAAGUGUAA